AUGUCUCCUACAAACCCCGAAGACAAGCCUCCGUUACAGGUUGAGUCCACCGGUAUUGACGAGGAGACAGAAGCCCUGGAAGGAUAUGUGACAGAUCCAAACUGGUAUCCUAACAAUGCAUCCGAGUUAAAAACAAGCGCAGAUGGCCAACACGUUCUUAUCCCCCAGCCGCUGGAUACGCCGGAUGACCCGUUGAACUGGAGUUCUCGCAAAAAAUGGCUCAUCAUCGGAAUAAUGGCAUAUAUUGCCUUUCUGGCAGAUUAUACGGGCGGGACGGCGAUUAUUACAGUUAUUCCCCAGUCCAUGCAAUGGAAUCUCCCCCAAGAGCACGUCCAACGAGCCGUCGUCGGAAACCUCUUCACAAUCGGAGCGUGCGGACUGAUCGUGGUAAUGUUGGUCGGAUACUUCGGUCGAAUGCCAAUCCUUCUCAUCUUUCAGGCUGUGAUGGUAGGAACAUGCGCUUGGUCGGCCGCGGCCACAUCCUUCGAAUCCUAUCUCGCCGCUCGCAUAAUCAACGGGCUGUUCUGUAGCGUCGGACAAGGUGCGGCUCUUCUCUGGGUGAAAGAUAUGUUUUUCUUCCAUGAGCAUCUCAAAGUGAUCAACUGCAUCGAAUUCUUCAUUAUCCUGAGUCCGUACCUGGGGCCACUGCUCACGUCGUUCAUCGUCGCCGAUGUAUCUUGGCGGUGGGCAUUCUGGCUGUGUACGAUCAUGUCUGCCGUUGCCUUUCUUCUUGUCUUCCUCCUCGAUGAGACGCUUUUCGAGCGCAAAGGUCACCAGGUCCCUCGAGGAUCGUACCUCGCUCGUCUCACCGGUGCUCAGCAAGUCCAACUCUGGCGACAGCGAAGCUUUCUGCAAUGCGUCAUGCGACCUAUCGUAGCCAUCACCAAGAUCCCUGUCUUGAUCGUCCUGAUAUUCUACUUCCUCAGCUUCGCAUGGGUCAUCGGAGUCAACACCACGAUCGGGAUCUGGCUAACCAACGACUACGGCUUCUCGACCCGCGGAAUAGGUCAUCCCCCUUAUCCAGUCCUACCUCCGAACACCGACUUACCAUGCACAGGGUACUUCUACUUCUUCGGCAUCGUCGGCGUUAUCAUCGGCUGGUUCAUCGGCCACUACCUCCACGAUGCAGUUGGCACAUUCUACACCCACCGUCACCAAGGCCGCUUGCACCCCGAAGCCCGUCUCAUCAUCGUCUACCCAGCCACCGUCCUCUGCUGUAUCAGUCUCAUCAUCCUCGGCUUCGCAUUCGACCGCCACUGGCACUACAUGGUGAUUGCGGUCUUCGCGGCCCUCCAAUGCGGCAGUCUCAUGAUCAUUACGACCGCCGUGAACGCCUACCUACUUGAUUGUUAUCCCGAGGGGUCGGGGGAAGUCGGCGCUUGGGUCACGGCGAGUCGUAACUGGGGCGGGUUCAUGGCGACGUAUAUCCAGAUCGAAUGGGUAAAGGGGAUUGGCGCUGCCCGGGCGUUGGGAAUCCAGGCGGCGAUCACUUUCGGGUCGUUGGCGUUUAUCUUGCUGUUGCAGGUGUUUGGGCAGAAGUUGAGGAGGUGGCAGGGGAGGAUGUAUUUUGGAAGGGGGGGGAAGGCGUGA